GUGUCUGUGAUGAAGCAGGAACAGAAGUGAAGUUGAUAGUAAACGGAAGUGAAGUUUACACGCCACACCGCCUGUAUAACGCGUAUUAGACCGUUAUUAAUGUGACGUUACGCGCUUUAGGGCAGUUUUUACUCCUCCUCCUAAGUUCAUGCCGGGUUUCUGUGUGUUUGAAGAAAAGCGCCGAGUUCGAGAGGGACAGUGUGUGAGAAAGGUGUCUGUCGAUCUUCAUCAUCUUCAUCUUCUUCAUCUUCCUCAUCAUUAUCACCUUCAUCAUCGGUUUCAUCAUCAUCAUGGAAAAAAAGGUGCAGAUAAGAUGUGUAGAAGCGUUAUAACGCCACACAACACGGAAGAAGGGAUGGACACAGACGAUACGAGUAGAAACCCGGAUGGAAAAGGUUUUUACCCCUCUGAGAACGGCUCUGUCUUCAGCCAUCACACUCCAGAUCCCAUUCGUGGUGCGUGUGUGAGCUCCACGCCACUGUACUGCCGCUCCACCUGCAGCUCCGCCUCUGUGACCAGCACCACCUGUGGUGAGGACGAGCAGAACAGCGUGGAGUCACAGGACUCAGGAAUCCCCACACUGGAGCUCAGCUCACCUGAGGUGACAGAAGAGAAACAGAGUAUCGAGCCGUUAAGUCAGAGGCAGCGAGAUGCUCCGGCGACGCUGAAGCUAGAAGCAGUAGACGAGGGUGGAGCUUCGAGUCAGGUCAGAGGCGGGGCUUUGGUCUACCGAGACUCCACCUCUGUGUGCAGCACCUCCAGUCUGAGCACGGACUUCUCGGCCACGCUGUCGCUCGGCAACGAUGACGCCGCCGGCGACUUUGUGGUGACAUCAGACUCGAGUGCCGUCGUCGAUUUUCAUGAUUUUAGCGACUUCUCUCAGUUCCCUCAAGCCACAGCCAUAAAUAUUGUACCAAGAGAUCAUCCUCAGCAGCAUCACUGUGAGGCAGUGGCAAAGAAAGAGAGUCCGAUUGUGAACUUCUUCAACAGGAGGCUGUUUGGCAAAAACUCACCCCAACAGAUCCGAAGAGUUACAAAGGAAAAUGAAAAGGCCGGUGGUUCUGCAUCUCCCAGACAGAGUGUGAGGAAACAUCUGGAGUUUGAGCCUCUCUCCACCACCGCGCUCAUACUGGAGCACCGGCCUGCGAAUCUCCCAGCAAAGCCAGCAGAAGAAGCUCAGAAACACAGACAGCAGUAUGAAGAGAUGGUGGCCCAUGCCAAGAAACGAGAGAUGAAAGAGGCUCAGAAGAGAAGGAGGCAGUUCGAGGAGAGAGUGCGAUUAGAGGAGAGCAUCGGCAAUGCAGCGCACACCUGGAGUCAAGAAAUCCUGCCCAACUGGCAGAGCAUGCACAGCUCUAAGAGAACGAGGGAUUUGUGGUGGCAGGGAAUUCCCCCGAGUGUGAGAGGACGAGUGUGGAGCCUCGCUAUUGGCAAUGAGCUCAACAUCACACAUGAGCUGUAUGAUAUCUGUUUGGCGAGAGCGAAGGUGAAAUGGAGCGCUUCACCUUCCUCGAUCAGCAGAGCGGAAAGCAACACAGCAGGAGAUGCAGGUUUGUCUCAUGCCGACCGCGAGGCCAGUUUAGAGCUGAUCAAGCUGGACAUUUCCAGAACUUUCCCCAGCCUCUGCAUAUUCCAGCAGGGAGGGCCUUAUCAUGAUGUGCUGCACAGCAUUCUGGGAGCUUACACGUGUUACCGGCCUGAUGUGGGAUAUGUACAGGGGAUGUCGUUCAUCGCUGCAGUGUUGAUCUUGAACAUGAACACUGCAGACGCCUUCAUCGCCUUUGCCAACCUGCUGAACAAACCAUGUCAGAUGGCCUUCUAUAGAGUGGACCAUAGCCUUAUGCUGACGUACUUUGCUGCGUUUGAAGUGUUUUUUGAAGAAAACCUACCGAAGCUGUUUGCACAUUUCAAGAGUAACAACUUGACACCUGAUAUUUAUCUCAUUGACUGGAUCUUCACACUGUACAGUAAGUCUCUGCCGCUGGACGUUGCAUGUCGCGUAUGGGACGUGUUUUGUCGAGACGGCGAGGAGUUCCUCUUCCGCACGGCUCUGGGGAUCCUGCGUUUCUAUAGCGAAGUCCUCACGCACAUGGACUUCAUCCACAUGGCGCAGUUCCUCACGCGGCUCCCGGAGCAGAACUCCACACACACGCAGUCACACACGCUCUUCUCCUGCAUCGGGAGCAUCAACAUGAGCUGCAGGAACAGGACGUGGACACAGGUUCUCCAGACUCUCCAGAAAGACCCGGAACAUUCCAGUCCUGUCCUGAAGCACUGACGAAUCACACGCUCGCAUGGAGGCUAGAAUAAAGACUGUGUGUGUGUGUGUGUGUGUGUGUGUGUGUGUGUGUGUUACUCAGGACUUCUGUUUAAUUCAAACUCCUAGAACCGUACAUUUUUUGAGGAAUGAAGAUCAAAGGCACUCACACACACACACUCACACACACACACUCACACACACACACUGAAAGCCAAAUGCCUGCUGAUGCUUCCUUAACCUCUGAGUCAGAAACCAGUGGGGUUGAGAGAGAAAAGGGGGACGGGAGAGAGAGAAAGGAGGAGUGAAAAAGAGUGAAAGGAGGAAAGGUAGAGAGAGUGAGAGGGGAAAGAGAGAGUGUGAAAGUGGGAGAGAGAGUGUGUGAGAGAGAUACAAGAGAGUAAGAGAUAGUGAGAGCGAGAGAAAUGGGUAGGGGGGCUGGGAGUGAGAGAGAAGAGAAGAGGGUGAAAGGGAGUGAGUGUGAGAGAGAAUGUGCUCUGUGAUUGGUUGCUCUGGAGAACAGAAAUGACCCUCUGACCAAUCAGAGCACAGAAUGUGUUGCUGUGUGAGUUUGUGUGAUGAACCACAUCCUCCUGCACUAAACACAGUAAUGUAACUGCAGCUCUACAGGAACUUUAGAACUGUAACCAGAGAUUUGUCCAGACUGUUCUGUUAUUUAUACACUAUAGGGCCAAAAGUAUGUGCCCCCUGACCAUCACACGCACACAGUUGUAUCGAAUGUCUCAGUUUGCUGCAGCUUUACACUUUCCCUUAAAACUCAGAGACACAAACCCUUCUCCAGCACGACAAUGCUGCUGUGCACAAAGCACAGAGCUCCAUUAAGAAACAACAUGGAAGUGAAGGUUGGAGUGAAGAACUUGAGUGUCCUGCACUGAGCUCUGACUGUGACUUAACCUCACUGAACACCUUUAUAAUGAACUGGAACUGGAGUCUCCUCAACAUCAUCCUGAACAUCAGAGUCUGAUCUCACUGAUGCUCUUGUAGCUGAAUGAACACUAAUCCAGACACACACACACACAAUCCAACAUCUAGUGGUAAGACUUGUGCAGUGUAGUGAAGAAGAAUGGAGCUGGUUAUAUAAGGGUGUGAUGUUCAUGGGGGCACAAACUUUUAGUCAUAUAAUAUAUCUAUAUCUGAGUUUCUUUCGUUUUCAUUCUUCUGUUGUUUUUUUUUUGUCUGAAUUCAUCUUUCACACACUUUGGGUUUGUACACUGUUGUGCUGCUUAAAAAAAACCAGACAGUGUUUGUGUGUGUGUGUGUGUGUGUGUGUGUGUUUGUGUGUGUUUGUGUGUUUUUCUGUUAUUUGCUAGUUUGUAAGAUUGCAUCCUGUUUUUAUUUAAUGCUGAAGGAGUCUGAAUCUGCACUUUUCAUCCAUUACACCAAAGUGUCCUCUGCAGCUCAGAGACAGACAGACAGAAAGAAGGAAAGAAAGAAAGAAAGAAAGAAAGAAAGAAAGAAAGAAAAAAGAUAAGCUUUGUGGACUCUAAAGUAAAGCUGCACACACACGUCCGCUCGAUCGGUGAUCAAGUGCUGAAUAGUUUUGGAUAUUUAUAACCGUUUGUGUCACCGAUUCUCCGAACUCUGUUUCUACAGAAGCUUGUGGUGGUGUUGUGUUGGGUUUCUUUGUUUUGUUUAGUUUUGUUUUUUGUUUUUUUUCUCUCAUCACCUACAGCUUCGUUUACUUCCCUGCUAUAAACACCCCUUUCUCACAUUUCACAUUAUCGCUCUUUAUUUCUGAAGUUUUUUUGACAAGUCUGUGUUCCUGUAAAACGUCUUUCUUGUAAAAGAGAAUUAAAGACUUGAACUGAACUCGA